CUUAACCACCGCCGUUUAUCCGGGCAACAAGGCAAUGCUAAAACAAACUCAGUGGUGAUCGAGUGGAAAAUGCAGAAAGAGAACGAGUUAAUAGCGUAAGGAGCAUUGCAAUUUGGCAUAGAGAUAGAGGACAAUGAAUGCGCUGGGGAGGGAGGUGAAGAAGUUCAUCAUCAAGCGGAAGGAUAGCGAUGCAGGCGAAGCAGGGCGAGCAUUGGAAGAGGUUCGCGCAUCGCUGUUUAAUGAUGUGCGCACCUCCGAAGGCGCCAAGCUGCAGCAGCAGAGAUUCUGCGGGCCUUUUGUUGCCCUCUCAUUCAACUUCUUGAUCGCUGUGGGCAUCAUCAUGGUUAACAAACUGGUAUUGGGCAGCAGGGUUGGGUUUGAUUUCCCCAUUUUUUUGACCUUCAUACAUUAUGCGUGUAGCUGGUUUUUGAUGACCGUCUUCAAUGCAUUCUCCUUGCUUCCGCCCUCUCCGCCAUCCAAAUUCUCGAGCACCAGAGCACCAUUUUCUUCUCUAUUUGCACUCGGCGCCGUUAUGUCUCUCUCCAACGGCCUCGCCAAUGUCAGCCUCAAACAUAACAGUGUGGGGUUCUAUCAGAUGGCCAAGAUUGCCGUGACUCCCACCAUCGUUCUAACGGAGUUCUUAAGUUUUGGAAAGAGAGUUUCUGCGAACAAGGGGUUGGCUCUCACUGUGGUAUCCAUUGGCGUAGCUGUGGCAACCGUCACAGAUCUGCAAUUCAACUUCUUCGGAGCUUGCAUAGCCAUGGCAUGGAUCAUUCCCAGUGCAAUAAACAAAAUUCUCUGGUCUAACCUGCAACAACAAGAAAAUUGGACAGCUCUCGCGUUGAUGUGGAAGACAACCCCAGUGACAUUGCUCUUCUUGCUAGCCCUGAUGCCGUCGUUGGACCCUCCGGGCGUCUUGUCAUUCAACUGGGACUUCAGUAACACAUCUGCUAUACUCAUAUCGGCCGCUCUUGGAUUUCUUCUUCAGUGGUCUGGUGCUUUGGCUCUAGGGGCAACUUCUGCGACGACCCAUGUAGUCCUAGGGCAAUUCAAAACAUGCAUCAUUCUACUUGGUGGGUCUCUUCUCUUCCAGUCGGACCCAGGAGUGAUGAGCAUUUGCGGGGCUGUUGGUGCUUUAUGUGGAAUGUCAGUAUACACCUACCUAAAUUUACAGAAAACCACGGAUGCCAUGACUGAAGCUGAAAGUGUCUGACGAGUGGCGACCAACAUUUUUGUAUUCUCUCAUCCAAUCUUUUGGUACAAUUCAUUAUGUUGUACAUCAUAUCCCUUGCGGUGUUGUUGUAUACAAGAGACCUUUCGAUAAACAUUAAUAUGACAUUAUAGCAAUCGUAUAUAUAAGCACUUGACGAGUGUGGUUACAA